AUGCAUCUAAUAUGUUUAACUGGUUUUAUAUUGGUAUACAUCUUUAAAUUAUAUUUUGUAAAUAGCAAAAAAAUAAUAGCACUAAACAACCAUGUAAAAUUAAUACCUAUAAAAAAUGAGCUUUAUGCUAAGAAGUAUAAAGUAUUAAAAAAACUAAAUUUUAUUUUUAAGAAAAAAAAUAAAAACAAAUAUGAAUUGAAAAAUUUAGAAAAUAUUCCUUUAUUUGUAAUAACUAAUGAAUUUGACGAAAUUAUAUUAUCAUUUAAUUUAGAUGAUGAAAAUGAGAAAAAAGAAAAAAAAAGAAAGAUUGAUUUUAAUGAAAAUAGUGAUUAUCUUUAUGACAUAGUAUGGGAAAGGGAUACCUUUUUAUUUCCUCUAAUUAAAAAUAAAGAAAAAAGAAGAAAAGAAAUAAACUUGGAUAAUAUACAUAACAAUAAUUGUAUAAGUAUUUUUUUUUUUGAUAUGAAAACUGCUGAAGCUUACAAAGAUGAUAUAUUAUAUUUGUUUAGUAAAAAUUUAAUGGAAAAAAAAAAAAAUAAACUAUUUUUUGGGUCAAAAAUAAAAUUAACAAAUUUAGAAUAUUUUUUCAAGAUUAAAAAUUCUUAUAAAUCUAAAAUAGAUUUUGUUUUAAUACCUAAUUAUAAAGAACUUCAAAAUGUUUUAAAAAAUAAAAAUAUUUUUUAUGGAACACCAAUUUAUUAUAUAAAUAGAAUUAAGUUACAUAAAUCUUUUAUAAAAAAAAAUUUUUAUGAAUUAUUUUAUAAAAAUCUAAAAAAAGAAACAAAAAUUGAGUUAUCUCCUAAUAUUUUCAUAACAUAUACUAUUGAACAAGAGGAAAAAUCUAAUUCGUUAAUUAUACAAUUAGAAACAGAAAAUAAAAAAUAUAUACCUAUUUUUUUUUCUUAUAAACAAGCUAUUCAUUUUUAUAAUAUUUUUUUAAAAUAUUUUAAAAAUAAUUUUACUGAUUAUUGUCUUCCAAAACCACACAUAGUUUUAAAUUCCUUUGAAAAUAUAUUAAUUCUAUCAAAAUUUGCUAAUGAUAAAAAAAUUGAUAAAUUCUACAACCUAUUUUUUAUUCCUAAUGAUUUUUCUUUUUAUGAAAAUUUAUGUUCUAAUAAUUAUAAUGCUUUCACUUUUUAUAUUAAAAAAUUUUUUCAAAAAAUUAAUUAUGAUUUAUUUAGAUCUUUCAGAAAAAAUUUAAAUUAUUUAAUAUCAGAUUAUAUAUAUGAAUAA